AUGGCUGAACGUGUUGAUGAUGAGGGGGAUGGCCAGCAAGUCACUAAUCCCAUUGUUUUGGCGGAUGACAGAGCCAGAGCAAUACGGGAAUACGCUGCCCCCAUGUUUAAUGAGCUAAAUCCAGGCAUUAUGAGGCCAGAAAUCCAAGCAGCUCAAUUCGAGCUCAAGCCAGUGAUGUUUCAAAUGCUCCAAACUGUGGGGCAGUUCAGCGGGAUGCCAACGGAGGAUCCUCAUCUCCAUCUUCGUUCAUUCUUGGAGGUGAGUGAUUCCUUUAAGCUUCAAGGAGUGAGUGAAGAAGCAUUAAGGUUGAAGCUAUUUCCAUUCUCAUUAAGAGACCGAGCUAGAUCAUGGCUCAACACUUUGCCUCCCGAUUCCGUUACAAAUUGGAAUGACUUGGCUGAGAAAUUUCUGAGAAAAUACUUCCCUCCCACCAGAAAUGCAAAGUUUAGAAGUGAGAUUAUGUCAUUUCAGCAGCUGGAAGAUGAGUCCACUAGUGACGCGUGGGAAAGAUUCAAAGAGCUUUUAAGAAAAUGUCCACACCACAGCAUCCCGCACUGUAUGCAGAUGGAGACCUUCUAUAAUGGCCUCAAUGCAGCUUCUAGAAUGGUAUUGGACGCUUCAGCCAAUGGAGCCAUUCUUUCCAAGUCUUACAACGAAGCAUUUGAGAUUUUGGAAAGGAUCGCAAGUAAUAACUAUCAAUGGUCAAACACUAGAGCUCCUACAAGUAGGAAGGUGGCGGGAGUUCUUGAAGUAGAUGCAUUAAUGGCUCUAACAGCUCAAAUGGCCUCAAUGACCAACAUCUUGAAGAAUAUGAGUUUGGGAGGAAAUGUACAGCCAGCUGCUGCCAUUCAAAGUGCAGAAGUAUCAUGUGUGUAUUGUGGGGACGGGCAUACUUUUGAGAAUUGCCCUUCCAAUCCAGCCUCGGUCUUCUAUAUGGGUAAUCAGAAUUUCAACCGCAACAACAACCCAUAUUCUAACACUUACAAUCCAGCUUGGAGGCAUCAUCCAAAUCUGUCAUGGGGGGGUCAAGGAGCAAGUUCAAGUGGAGCACCAACACAAGAAAAACAGUCAUAUCCACUGGGAUUUUCUCAACAACCAAGACCUCAACAACCACACCAACCUCAAGGCUCUCAAACAAGUUCUUUGGAGAAUUUAAUGAGAGAUUAUAUGGCCAAGAAUGACGCUGUAAUUCAAAGCCAGGCAGCGUCUCUUCGGAAUUUGGAAAUUCAAUUGGGGCAUUUAGCUAAUGAUUUGAAAAAUCGACCCCAAGGUUCCUUGCCUAGUGACACCGAGAAUCCAAGGAGGGAUGGCAAAGAACAAUGCAAGGCAAUCACGCUACGGAGUGGAAAAAUUCUGGAAAAUUCUGAGGAGAAAAUAAAAGGCAGUGGGGAGCCCACUUCAAUCCAAACUGAAGGAGAAUCUAGUAAAAAACCAGCAAAAGAAGUUACUGAAACUGGCCCAGUUGAUACAGCAUCGGGUCAGCAAUCUGUUCCAGUGGAAUCUGUACCAAAGCCGCCCCUACCAUUUCCUCAGCGAUUUUGCAAACAGCAGCAAGAUGGGCAGUUCAGGAAGUUUCUGGAUGUGUUAAAAAAGCUCCACAUCAAUAUUCCCUUAGUGGAAGCAUUGGAACAAAUGCCAAACUACGUCAAGUUUUUAAAAGAUAUUUUGACGAAAAAAAAGAAGAUUGGGAGAGUUUGA